AACCCACCAAUAUUUAACCUAAGAAAUCAACCAAACCACACAAAAAAAGCAGAAACAAACCUCACACAAAGCAAAGCAGAAAAGAGCAUCAUCAAUCAACCAAAGCACACUAUUUUUUUCAAUUUCCACUACCCCAAAAGACACAAACGGUAAAGCACAUCGUAUUAAGUCAUUACACAACACACAAUGGAACAAGAUGGAGACACGUGUACAAUGCCGCCGUUCUGGGCGGCGGAGUACCGGGACCGGCGCCGCCUACGCCGCUCUUACUCUCUUUUACGCACCUCCACGUCCCUCCUCGUACUCUUCAUCGUACUCGCGCUCGUGUUCUCGCUCAUCGUGGUUCCGACAGUGCAAUCGUUCGCCUCCAACAUCUUUAAACCUCGUACGGUGAAAAACAGCUGGGAUUUUCUCAACCUCGUGCUCGUGCUCUUCGCCAUUAUUUGCGGCUUCCUCGGCAGAAACACCACCCCCGAAACCCUGACCCCCCGUUCUGGUAGAACUUUUUCCAACCCUUCCACGCAGCCGCCAACCUGGUACCAGUACGACUACUCUUAUGGUCACACUCCUCGUCGAUCGUUUAAUAGGUUGAGGAGCUUCAGCUCCUACCCUGAUCUCCGCCAACCGAUCGCCGCCGAUGAACGUUUUCGGUUCUAUGAUGACACUUACUUCCUGCAGCAUCGGCACCCCAGGAACGAUGCCGAAGAAGAAGUAAAAGAAAUAGGAAUUGACAAUGUUGUCACGGCGUCGCCGCAACAAGGGACACAGACUGUUCGGAGAAAUGUCCACCGAGUGCAUCGGGUGGAAACUUGGGACAAACAUGAAACGGAUGAUUUAGAUGCGACGGUUUCACAACCACCGCCGGCGAUUCGAACGCAAGUUGUACGGCGAAAUGUCAACCGAUUACAUCGAUCGGAAGUUGUGGAGAAACACGAAACAAAUGAUUCAGCUGUGGAGGAGAUUUCACUAUCGCCGCCAUCUACUCCGCCUCCGGCGACGAGAACGCACGGUGUCCGGAGAAACGCCAAGCGAACGUUUCAAGAGGAUACCAUCGAGAAAUUUGAAAUAAAGAAUUUAGAUUCGCAGAGUUCAGAACCAUCGCCGGCGUCUCAUCCUCUGCCGAGGAUCCGAACGAAGGGUGUUCAACGGAAUGCCAAACCGGAAAGAAAUUAUUCGGCUGUAAAGAGUACACCGCCGCCACCACCGCCUCCGCCUUCGCAGCCGGCGGAGGCAAAGACGGGGCAGGUUAAGAAGAAAAGAGGGACUGCUACUAUAGAGUUCUUGACAUCUUUAAGAGGGAAGAAGAAAAAACUGAGGCAAAGAAGCAUUGAAAAUUUUGAAAGCAUUCUGAAUUCUGAAACGUUAUUGCCACAACCGCCGGCACCGCCGCCCCCGCCACCUAAAGUUUUUCAGAACUUAUUUUCUUUGAAGAAAGGGAAACACAAAACCACCCACAAUGUUCGUGUGGCAAUAACAGGGGAAUCAAACAAGAGGGAGUCUGGUUCUUCCUCUGGGUUGAAAAAUAAUGUGAUGAUGGCCGGUAAUGAGUCACCAUUAAACCCUAUUCCUCCGCCGCCGCCGCUUCCGCCGUUCAAGUUGCCAGGGUGGAAGUUCCGGGUGCAGGGUGACUAUGUUAGGGUUGACAGCAUUGGUAGUUCACGUAGUGGAUCACCUGAUCUGGAUGAAGUUAGUGUGGACACACCAACAACUAGAACCCAUGAUGAAACAAGCCAAGUCAAUAGUCCUUUGGCCAAACAUGGUGAAGAUUCUGCGAGUGUGAGUGCACCCUCAUUGUUCUGUCCUAGCCCCGAUGUUGAUACCAAAGCUCACAACUUCAUCGAGAGCUUCAGGGCUGGUCUGAGGAUGGCCAAGAUGAACUCCAUGAAUGAGAGGCAGGGGAUUGGAAGGUCCAAUCUUGGGACCUUCACCACCCCAUAAAUGAUAUGAGAAGGAGGUAGAAAGAAAUGUGAAGGAAAGGAAGGAAGAGAGGCAGGUAGAGAUUUUAUGCUGUUCUUAGUCCACAAUUUUAUUUUACUUCAUUCAGAAACAAGUUUUUAAGGUAAAAUUGGGGUCUAUCCUUCUUAUUCCACAUUAUAUCGAAUAAUUAUGAACUCAAUUAUGCAUUACUUCAAAUAGAUAGAAACAUCUUUUCAAGCGU